CCUUUUCAUUUAGCCACACCCUUUGAACAAUGGCGCCUACCAAUAGCAACCUUUCUCUUCAGUGUAAACGGAAGUAAACAAUGACAGAACAAUUUUCACAUUAGCUUUUUUAUUUAGACGUUAAUUAACACCAUGGAACUCAAAAUAUGACUAAUUUAACUGUCCGGCAUCACAUACUUACCACAUGAACAGUUCGUUUUUAAUUCGCGUUGGAGACAGGACUUGGUUGAUAGAUGUUAUUUAGGUAAAGCUAAGAAUGGCUAAUUGUAUGGUUUUUAACACUCAAAUAGCCUCCAUCAUGGAGGUGCUAGCGAAUGCAGCUGUUGCAGAUAUCUGUAAACUCGUAGACGACGACUAUGCAGUGUUUCGUUUGGAAAUAACUCAAAGCCAGAAAGAAAACAGGGCAUUGCGGAGGAAACUACAGCUUCUGGAACUGAAGGUGGCACGGGAGCGCGUCUGCGCCAGUCGUCCCAGUAGUGUCAAGAUCGUCGACCGAUACAGAGGAAUGGAAAGAGGUGAAGGACAUCUCACUGGAGGCCACAGGAGCUUUGUGAAGCCAGCAGGACACAAUACAUGGAGAGAUGACCAACCAAUCACUGUUGAUGAGGGGAGUGGAACCUCAACCCAGCACAUUAUCGUGAUAGAGUCUGCAGAUGCAGAGGGUGCAGGUCCUGGGGUCAAGCAUGAGAGGUCUGACGGAGAGGAGGACCCACUACACAGCAGAAACAUCCAGACUGAAGCAGCGGCUGGAGUGUCGAACUCUGUAGCCAUGGAAGAACUCUCAACUGCUUCCACGCUCCAGUCCAAGACCCGAUGCAGCAUUACAGAGGCCAGUGGAACACCAGACGCCAUCCUCAAGUCAGAGACAGUCACAGAAACACAAAGGCUCUUACACACAGGAUCUGACCACGGACCAGAUCCAGAGAGACUGGAGCUGGGGCCACUGGGCUGUCCUUCUGCUCCUGGCUCAGAGUAUUUACUUUACGGUAACCCAAGCCCGAGGAUGGUUCAUUCCCAUCGGGACUCAGGUGAUGUGUUAGAAUCUGGUAAUGAUCCGUCUUGUUCUUACACUACAGAGAUGGACCCUGACAACAUGCCCUUGGGUUUAGAGACACAGACUGAUCUGUCUAGAGGGGACUGGAACCAGUACAGUAGUAGUGUAUACCCUGAAGGGUGCCUAGCUAAGAAAGUGGAGGUUAUAGUUGUAGAUGAGGUAACUGUGAAAGUGGAGGGCGACGCUCCUCCCACAUGGAAUGUAGACGAGACUCACUUAGGAGAAGAUCACUCACAAGGCAGAGAUUUCUUAAAUUACAGGGAAAGCUUGGAGACAAAUACAAAUAUUGCGACCCACUCCCCUUUCCACGCACUCAGGGAUUGUGAGCCAGUGUCCACGUCGAUGGGGCCUUCCGAUUCACACGGCCGCGUCCUUUUCAAUCAGGUAUUGAACUCAAAUGACAGGGCUAGAGCCCAGGCUCAGAGAGGGGGAGCCACAUCAGGCAAUAGUAAAGAGAAACGGUUCCUCUGCAUGUUCUGUAACAAAGGCUUCAGCUGCCCCCAGAAGGUGGAGAUCCACCAGAGGGUCCACACAGGGGUGAAACCCUUCAGCUGUUCCCAGUGUCACAUGCGCUUCGCCCAGGCUUGCAACCUGAAGAGGCACCAGAGGGUCCACACAGGGGUGAAACCCUUCAGCUGUAGCCAGUGUCACAUGCACUUCUCCCACUCAUCAAGCCUGAAGAGGCACCAGACGGUCCACACAGGUGAGAAAUCCUACAGCUGCCCCCAGUGUGAGAAGAGGUUUUCCCACCAGCACCAGCUGAAGAUGCACCUGAAGGUCCAUAUGGGAGAAAAGCAUUUUGUCUAUACGCAAGAGGUUCUCAGAGAGGAACUUCCUCAGGAUACACCAGCAGAAAAAACAUUCCACUCUAUAACAUAGACCAGAUAUUGUUAACAUAAGGCGCGACAAGCAAUUUGAUAAAAUGGAGGAAAUCGGUGAACUUGCAUUAGUUUCUAAAUUGCGUUGGUUUUCCCUAAAUGGCUAUUUAUUCGUUGUUUUGUUUGGAGCCGCUCCUGUCAAUGUUGUGUAUGGACACUCACCUGAUUACACAUAGAAGUAGGUCUAGGCUACCUGGCCUGUGCGCAAAUGUAUAAAUGUGCUCAUUUGGGGAUGUCUGAUACUAUUUCUGAUUGUCUUAACUCACUGCCACUAAUGAGCUAGGGAGCUUCUCAAAGUAAUUUUUUUCUUCUCCUCAAACAGCAAGUAGCUUAAACAAAGUCUGUUUUUACAUUAUUAAGAAUGACAGUAGUUCCACAAUAACCAGGUUUCCAUCGAACCCUUUUAUGUAAGUAAAUUACAUGUCGGAUAAAAAUAUUCACAACAGGCCUGAUGGAAACAGCAAGUUUGUCGGUAAACUUUCCAGAUGUCGACAAAACAAAAUACGUUAAACAAGGUGGGAUCUUUGUCAGUAAAAUUUAUAAUGCGAGAAAUGGUGGUAGAAACGCUUUUAUGCGCAAAUAUUGAUAUAAUAAUCAUAUCGAAAUAAACUUGGAGUCACACAAGGAUAUGUUGUGUGGUCCUCCCACUACGACUCGGGAAAGCAUGUAGUUUAUUAGACUACAGAUGAAAUAAAUGAUGAUGAACUUCACAGGGUGGUUCAAGUGAUGAGCUUGAUGCUCCUUUCCAAUAAAUAUUGAGGGUCUUACUCUGGUGACAUAAUGAUUGAUGCUUGGGUGCUGUUUAACAGAUCAAAAUAAGCUAUUUUGUCCAUAAUAAUCUUAUCACGUAGACUAUAUACCCACACUUUAUCUGCGUGUUGUUGGCUAGAGCGCACGUGCCAUCAGUAAAAUUGAGAAUAGGAUCGAAACCAAUUUAUCGGCACAUGGGAAUUUAACCACAAAAGUAAUUUUUAUGUGCACUACCUCAUCACAUACUACCUGUUAUCUGCAACAAGAAAGGCCUUUACUGUACUUGUGCAUGUGACAUUUAAACAGGAAACACCCCUCUGGUUGUAAAAUGUGCAUAUUGUUUUUAUGCAGAUUUUAGAAUAUUCACAUGAAAAUCUGUCGCCAAUUGGAUGGAAACCUAGCUAAUGUAUUUGAAAAAUCUUUCCAGCUCUCUCCCUUCCGAUAACCACGGAGCCUAGGCGUGAAAGGGAAAAUUGUUUUCACUGGAUCAGAGCAUGACAUAAUAAAAUACCUGAUUAAUUGUUAUCCUUUGCGCAAAUAGAGCUGGCUCUGUACGGAACUCACUGGCACGAGAAACUCUGAGGGCCCAGAAUGGUUGAUACAAUGCUGCAAGUUUGCAAGUGGGAGAUUCAGACCGGACCCAGUUGAUACAAUGUUUCAAGUUCUUUGCAGACAGGCGGAGUAGAGAGAGAAAUGCGAUUGAAAGAACAUGAACAAACUGCUAUGCGUAGCCAAUGUGAUUGGAUAGGAGACUUAUUUUUAUCAGGAUAUUUUCUAUCUGAAAUAUUUUUAUUUGUUGGCUUUAUGUAGGCUAUUUUUAUGUAGGCUAUUUUUAACUAGAAGUUACUUGCAUUGGUUAUCAAAAAGAAAGGAGGACCAAGGCACACUUCAUAUAAUUAAUGAAAAUGCCUUUAUUUGUAUGGAAACAAUGUUUUUUUUUUUUAUCUGACGCAUUUCAGCUGCAUGGCCUUCAUCAGGGAGUACAAAGAAAUGAUAAUACAAUGUUCUCUUGAACAGUUUUUUCCAAACAGCCCUAAUUUGAAGAGGGAGUGGUUACAAAAUUGAUUGGACAACACCUAGUAAGAAAUACUAUACACAUUAAAAAGUGAAAUACUAUAGUAUAUUUUAUCAAAAACUUAAACUCCAAGCUAGAAGCAACAGAAUGCCUAGAAAGGUAGUUCUAACCUUAAAUAUGACUGGGCAAAGUGCCAAGAAUAGGAAAGCGAUCUAUUCCAUAGCGCACUAGAACACAGCAAACAUAGACAACAACAAUCUAGACAUAGCUGAGGGCAAUAGAGCAAAAUGUCCACUAGAUGACAGCAAAUGGACCUAUCACGACCCUACAGGAAAGGUGAGAAAUCCAUAUUUUUCAUUUAAACCUGGGUACUUAGUGGCCUGUAGUUUGUAAAUCCAAAAACCUUCCCUUUGGUUUAGCUGUUUAAGACGGUCCCCUUUUCUAAUUGAGGCCGGAACAUGAUCAAUACCCAUAGCUUGCAGGGUUGCCAUGGUGUAUGGACUUGUAGUGCCUUGCAUUUGGUAUAUAGGCCUAUCUCUGCAUUAAGUUCUUUAGCUGCCAAUGGCUCAAGGUGUAUCAUACAAUGUGUCCAUUUUGCAGAGGCAGGCGCUCUUGCAUUAGAUUCAUUUGAACUUUUAGAUCAUUUUGAUUUAGAUUAGAAUUUAGAUUAACCACAUGACAAUGAUUUGAAUGUUAUUAUAUUUUAAAUUAAACUGUUCCACGAAAAUG